AUGGGGCCCUUGAAAACCAUUCUAUCCAUUGCGCUAGCAGCUUAUUGGGCCCUCCCUGUUAUCGCAGCGGAGCUUGACCCUAUCGUGAUCAAAACGCUGAUAUCGUAUCAAACAAAAAAGGGAUCUCGGUUCUUCUACAAGACCAGUGGCCAGCAGUUCUUUAUUAAAGGAGUGGCGUAUCAAGACGGUGAUACCUCUGUCGAAACAUACAAUGACCCCCUUGCAAACCCCAAGGGAUGCAGGAGAGAUGUCCCUCUUCUUAAGGAGCUGCAUGCUAACGUAGUCCGGGUAUAUGCUGUCCAUCCUGAAAAGAACCAUGACGAAUGCAUGCAACUGCUUGCGGAUGCCGGCAUCUACGUCCUGGCCGACCUGGCCGAACCCUCCCAGUCGAUCAACCGUGACACCCCGGAAUGGGACGUCAAGCUCUACGAUCGAUACACCUCCGUGAUUGACUCGCUGGCGAAAUAUACAAACGUUAUUGGGUUUUUUGCCGGGAAUGAAGUUACUAAUAGCCUCUCCACCACGGAUGCUAGUGCCUUUGUGAAGGCUGCAGUGCGAGACAUGAAGGCUUACAUCUACGAAAAGGAAUAUCGACCGAUGGGUAUUGGGUAUGCGACUGAUGACGAUGCAGAUAUUCGCAAGAACCUUGCUGCGUAUUUUGACUGCGGCAUAGAUGACGAGCGUAUUGACUUUUGGGGCUAUAACAUCUACGAGUGGUGUGGUGACUCUACAUUUGAGACGUCUGGAUAUGCAGCUCGCACUCGGGAGUUUGCUAAAUAUAAUGUUCCGGUAUUCUUCGCCGAAUAUGGAUGCAAUACUGUUCAGCCCCGGAAGUUUAGUGAGGUGCAGGCCAUUUACGGCCCCCAGAUGACGGGCACCUGGUCCGGUGGGAUCGUCUAUAUGUACUUCCAGGAACAGAACAAUUAUGGGCUUGUCGAUGCAGCUAGUUCCAGGAUCAAGAAGCUUUCCGAUUUUACUGCAUUCGCAAACCAGAUGGCCAAGGUGAGCCCGAAGGGGCCAAAAAUGGCUGCUUACACACCGGUGAAUACGGCAAAUGCCCCCUGUCCUACCAUAAGCAGCGACUGGCAAGCAUCACGAAAGCUGCCCCCAACGCCAGACAAGGAGCUCUGCGAUUGCAUGAUGAGGUCUAUCACCUGCAGAGCGAAGCCUACCGUCCGAGACGAAGACCUGUCCCGACUCUUUUCAACAGUGUGUGGUCUCUCACCCGUGAAGACUCUAAAUCUCGUGAGUUGGAUAUCACCCCAGAAGUCAGUCAGAAUGUGCAGUCCGAUAGAUCAGCUGUCCUGGGCCUUUAACACGUACUAUGAGGACCAGGUCAAAAAGGGGAACGGGCGCACUGCCUGUGACUUUGGCGGUGCAGCAGCUACGCAGACGGUGGUCAAGAAGCCCAUCUGCACGGCCAAACCACCUGUGUCAAUAAAGGUGUCGAAGAGUGAAGCAUCGACGUGGAGGAAUGCCAGCAUCUUGGACAUCUCUGGGCUGGGAUGUGCCCUCGUUGCAGGAUUGGGCUUUGGUUUGCUGUAAAAAAAAGCUACAAAAGGAGGGACCCUUUGGAAGUUUCACCAAAGAAGAUAUGUAUCUUAUCCCCACUGCUGUAUUCUAGAACAAAAAUACCGUUUAUGAAGAAGACAUCCUCUCCACUGAGACUGCUUUGGGGUCCCUUUGGGCAUGUUUCCGGGGCAUCACCGACUAAUAGCGCUGUUGGUAUGCUGGCCAGUGUAUUGUAGCUGUGGGUAUGACCUCAUCCACCAGCUCUCCCUCUAUCUCUCGGCCCAAGGGAAGACCACCACGCAGCUCGAUCCGGGCAAAGGCACCAGCAGGACCAACAGGCACACUCCCUG